CUAACACUCAUCAUGGGCGAUAAAUCCGGAAAUCCGUACGAUAUGGAUGGUUCGUCCUUUGACGCUGAUCGAUAUCUUCAGAAACUGCUAAAGGAAUGUUCCCUGAAGCAAAUUAUGGACACCGAGGCAGCAAUCGUACGCCAAACGCAAACCCUACACAGUGACAUGCAAACGCUCGUCUAUGAAAACUACAACAAAUUCAUCUCCGCCACCGACACCAUCCGGAAGAUGAAAACCGACUUCAAGUCGAUGGAAACGGAAAUGAAUCUGUUGAUGGCAAACAUGAGCUCAAUCACCGAGUUUAGUGAACGCAUUACAGACACACUACAAGAAACACGGUCCCAGCUAACGCGUCUCUCCGGCAAACAUCAGCUGCUGAAGAAGCUACAGUUUCUAUCCUCCCUGCCGGCGAAGCUGAAAACGUUAAUCGAGGAAGAAAACUACCAACAAGCGGUUCAGGAGUAUUCACAUGCUCAGAAGGUAUUGCAACAGUACGGUCAGCAGCCUUCCUUCCAGGGCAUACAGGAAGACUGCAUUAAGAUACUGGACGAGCUUAAGGAACGCUUGAAGGGUGAGUUUCGACAGACGGGCAAAUCGGCCCAAUCGCUGACGGAAAUUGGAGAACUGUUGCUGCAGCUGGGCGAACGACCAUCGACUCUCGCGAAGGAAAUGCUCGAGUGUGCCUCGAAGCGACUGCACGAACAGAUCGUCGUACUGCAAGACCAGACCGAUCGUGAUAUGAUCGAGUUUAUUGAUCUAGGGAUAGAGGGUUUCCUGAAGGAUCUAACGCUCGUCAUCAGCUCGUACAACGACAUGUUCCUGACGAAGCAUCUCGAGCAGGAAGCGGACGAUUUCGAACAAUCGGCACGGGUCGAUCUGAAUGCGUUCGUAAAUCGUAACGUGGACGAAUAUCUCGCACUGGUACAGGAUCGUGCCGAGCUAGAAAUUGGGCACGGAGAUUCGCAGAUCAUACUGCGCGGACUCGAUCGUCUUCACCGACGAAUGACGGCCAUGAGAACGCUGUGCCGUGCAGUCGACAUGAGUAAAUCGGGCAUCGACAUUAUCGUGAAUGCAGCUCAACAACUCUGCCAAACUCAUAUGCGCUCGCUGAAGGAUCACUUUGCGGACAGUCUUAGCUCGGUACGACUUGCAUUGGUUUCGGCCACCAACAACACAACCACUCCGGCCGGAUCGUCCACCUCUUCUACCACCCAAGUGGGUGGACAGAGCAGCGCGAGUGGAGCUAGUAGUGGCGGAACGACGACACCUACCGGACUGCGAGAACUUAUCUCCAACCUGUACAUCUCCACCAUCGAGAAGGUGAAAGGAUUGAUGCAGGAUUUGCUCAUCUUCCUCCAACCGGAGUGGUCAUUCAAUCUAAAAGGUGACCCGAAAGGUGUACAAUGCAUUGAAGGUAUCCGAGAAAAUUUGCUCGUUGCCUUCUUGCGCCACUUUUGCACCACCGUCAAUGGGUAUGGGAAUGUAAAUUCGACCGCACCACCCACCCUGCUGCUGGUUCUCUCGAAGGUAUGUCUCGAGAUGGAUCGGGCCGGUGUACAUUCGCUUACCUCGCUCGUCGACGAACUUUACAAUCUCGAUGCCGAACGAAGCGGAUCGCUCGUACACGAAACGGAACUCUGCACGGAAAUGCGUGAUUCGGCUCAGCUUCUGCUCGAUUCGUACGUACGCCUGCAAGGGUUACACCUCUCCCAGAUGCUACGGAAAAGCGUCGAAACACGCGAUUGGCUCAACUGUCUAGAGCCACGCUCGGUUCGUGCCGUUAUGAAGCGUGUCGUGGAGGAAAUAUCGGCCAUCGAGCAGGUACUCGGUGAGCUGUACGAUAGUAGUGCGGCACCACACCACGGCGGAGGGUCACGUACGACCGCAAGCAGUGAUUCCAGCCGGAAGACACACUUUAGCAUUGCCGCCUCGAAACAAUCGCAGUUCCGUUCGACCUGGUCCACGUACACACCGCAAUCGCAGCUGGACAGUAGCUUCGUGUCGAACAUACAGCGAUUGUUUUCGGAAAAAAUUGAAAUCUUUGCACCGGUCGAAUUUUCGAAGGUUUCCAUCAUUACUGGCAUUAUUAAGAUCUGUCUCAAGACGCUGCUCGAGUGCGUCCGGUUGCGUACGUUUAGCCGGUACGGACUGCAGCAGAUACAGGUCGAUGCGCACUAUCUGCAGAUGAACCUGUGGCGGUUUGUUAGUGAUGAAAACUUAAUACAUGUGUUGCUCGAUGAAAUCCUUGGCUCGGCUGUUUUACGAUGCCUCGAGCCCAUCCUGAUGGAACCUAAUGCGGUAGAAAUUAUCUGCGAACGGAACUAA